CAGGUAAGGGUUAAAAGGUAUGGGCCAGCCCAGUUCCUGUCCAGGUAGGCUGGGCCUUUACCUAGUGGGAGGCAGCCAAGGCAGCAGUCACUGCUGUUCACUUCUACUGCCAGGAGAGCUAGGGCCUGGAGGAGACAACUGUGCUUUUUGAGCUAUUCGAGGCUGUCAUACAGCACUUUGGCAUUGGUGAGACUCCUGGCUGUGACCUAUGGGCCUCUAAGGAGGCAUUGUAAGUCUGCCCAGCUUCCCACUCACUGUGUCAGCACUCAAUGGGAAGGGAACCAAGGUAAGGCCAAGUGGGUCCAGACAUUGACACAGACUCUGAGUGGGCAGGCCAGGCUUUGUCCAGCCACCAGCCACAGCCUCCAGACAGUACAAGGAUGGAAGUCAAAGGUCAGCUGAUCAGCUCCCCUACCUUCAAUGCCCCAGCUGCCCUGUUUGGAGAGGCUGCCCCCCAGGUGAAGUCAGAGCGUCUUCGAGGGCUGCUUGACCGCCAGCGGACCCUGCAAGAGGCCCUGAGCCUGAAGCUUCAAGAGCUCAGGAAAGUCUGUCUGCAGGAGGCGGAGCUAACUGGCCAGCUGCCCCCUGAGUGCCCACUGGAGCCUGGUGAACGUCCUCAGUUGGUACGCCGGAGACCCCCUGCAGCACGUGCCUACCCUCCACCACACUCGAACCCAGUACACCACUCCUUGUGUCCUGCUGAGGAGCUGGCUCUUGAGGCCCUGGAGCGUGAGGUGUCUGUGCAGCAACAGAUCGCAGCUGCUGCUCGCCGCCUGGCCCUGGCCCCUGACCUUACUGGAGAGCAGAGGCGGCGGCGGCGCCAAGUGCAAGUGGAUGCCCUGCGGAGGCUGCAUGAGCUGGAAGAGCAGCUCAGGGACUUCCGGGCCCGCCUUGGCCUCCCAGUGCUGCCACUAUCUGCAGGAGCACUAGUCAAUGCCCAGGGUGUCUGCCUGGGUACACGUCUUGCUCAGCUCAGCCAAGAGGAUGUAGUUCUGCACUCGGAGAGCAGCUCCCUCUCAGAGUCAGGGGCCAGCCAUGAUAAUGAGGACCCUCAUAACUGCUACUCUCUACCUGAGCGCCCCUCACCACCAAAGGCCUGGGACCAGUUUCGGGCAGUAUCAGGGGGGAGCCCUGAGCGGCGAGCCCCAUGGAAACCUCCCCCUUCAGAUAUUUAUGGGGACCUGAAGAGCCGGCGCAACUCUGUGGCCAGCCCCACCAGCCCCACCCGCUCGCUGCCCAGGAGUGCCUCCAGUUUUGAGGGGCGAAGUGUGCCUGCCACCCCUGUCCUCACCCGGGGCACUGGCCCCCGGCUCUGCAAACCGGAAGGCCUCCAUUCUCGCCAGUGGUCGGGUAGUCAGGACUCCCAGAUGGGCUUUCCUCGGCCUGACCCUGCUUCGGAUCGGGCCUCCCUCUUCGCAGCUCGCACCCGCCGCAGCAAUAGCUCUGAGGCCCUGCUGGUGGACCGGGCAGCUGCUGGGGGAGCAGGAUCUCCACCUGCCCCCCUGGCUCCCCCUGCUGCUGGUCCCCCAGUCUGCAAGAGCAGUGAGGUGCUGUAUGAGCGCCCCCAACCAGUCCCUGCCUUCUCCUCCCGCACCGCUGGUCCCCCAGACCCUCCUCGGGCUGCCCGACCUAGCUCAGCUGCCCCUGCAUCCCGUGGACUCCCCCGACUCCCACCUGUGUGUGGAGACUUCCUCUUGGACUAUUCAUUGGACCGGGGCUUGCCCCGUGGUGCUGGUGGGGCAGGUUGGGGGGAUUUGCUGCCUGCUCCUGAAGUCCCAGGACCCCUUUCCCGCAGAGAUGGGCUCCUUGCCAUGCUCCCUGGCCCUCCACCCAUAUAUGCAGCUGAUGGCAGCAGCCCCCUUCUCCGCAGCAAAGACCCCAACACCCGUGCCAUUCGUUCCAAGCCCUGUGGCCUGCCCCCAGAAGCUGUGGAGGGUCUGGAAGUGCAUCCAAACCCAUUACUCUGGAUGCCGCCACCCACCCGGGUACCUCCAGCUGGUGAGCGAGGUGGCCAUAAGAACCUUGCCCUGGAGGGGCUCCGGGACUGGUACAUCCGGAAUUCGGGACUGGCCAUGGGGCCCCAGCGCAGACCUAUGCUCCCACAUGUGGGCCCAACACACGCACCCUUCCUCCAUGCCCGCUGCUAUGAAGUGGGCCAGGCACUAUAUGGUCCUCCCAGCCAGGCACCGCUCCCGCACUCGAGGAGUUUCACAGCACCCCCUGUCUCCGGCAGGUAUGGGGGUGCUUUUGCUGAUGGGUAGGGGUAUUGAUUCAGAUGCUGAAUGUAUCCUGACCAGGGAGCACUUUGUCAAGAUAGCUGAUGAGUGGGACCACAAGGAAACUAGCUGCGGUCUUGGCAUGGGGUCACUUUAUCAGACAUGACCUGCAUUAGUCCUUAGGGUCCUGGUGAGGGGGAUCUUGGAUGUUGGUAGCAGGAGUUCUUUCCCAAGCUUUAGAGGGAUUUUUCUAUUCUCCCUAGUACAUGACAGCUGGCAGUGAGUCUUGAAGUCAGGGUGCUGGGAAGAAGGGACAUACGUGCUCCAUGGCUUUCUCUUCUAAACUCCAUACCCCAUGCUUAAGAGCCUGAAGGUGCUGUCCUGUGCCUGUCUCCACCUCUUUAACAAGCCUCUUUUCCUCUCUCUGUGUGUGUCUUGUCUGUCUCUUCCUCUCUUCCCUUCCCUUCCCUGUCUUCCGGAUUCCUGCUGUCCUUUCUAAAGAUACUACACGGACUUCCUGUAUCCCCCGGAGCUGAGCGCUCGUUUAAGUGACCUGACGCUAGAGGGGGAACAGUCUUCCAGUUCUGAUCCCCAGACCCCAGGGACAUUGGUCUGACCCUUCCUGAUAAGCCUCUUGUUGGUCUGGACAUAGUCCAGUCUGGGGAAUAUACAGUCAACCUCGCUGAGCCCUGGGAUGUGGUUGCUCUUGGUUCUGAGGGACAAGUGCUUGAUCUCACAGGACCCCUGGCUUCUUUGGGGCCCAGAAGGAUGUCCGAUACCCCUGGCAUCUCUUCUCAUCCUGUGCUGGGGGACUGGAGGGCCCCAGCUAGCUUCAAAGAGGGGGAUAAUAGUUUGGGGACACUGCCCCUUCCUCCAUUUCUGUUUACAGUUGUGAUUUAGUAGUCACUGUCUUUGCCCAACACAAGGUGUUUUAUAAAAGGGAAACUGUGAGCUCAUUCCUGGUUGGGUUCAUUCCUGUCCCUAUGCCCAGCCUGUUCCAUUCAGGAGCCACCACCCCACCUCAACAAAAUGGACCAUAUAGAAUCUCGGGGGUUAAGAGACCGCUGUGAACAGAACCCCCUGCCUCCUCCCACUAGAGUUCCUGGACAGAUGGGCUCCUGUCCACAUUUGGAAGGACGGAAGUCUAGGUGGGGUGCCUGAAGGAGCUGUUGUCUCUGUCUCUGCCCGUGGCCUCUGUGCUGACCUCUCCAAGUCAGGAGGCUAUACAAGAGUUUGUCAAGAAGCAGAGCCAUUUCAGUAUGUCACAUCCUGGGAUGCUGCAGUGGUUAAACCUGGCAACUGAUCGAUGCCAGCAAAACCCUCAGGUGACAUCUGGCCAUGGGCCACAGGCCACAUCAUGUCCUCCUUGACAUUCCUCUAUUUACCACUUUUUAAACAAAUCCACAUAAGCUGUGUUUUCUAUAUUGUGUGUGACUUUCUGGAACUGGGGGUUCCCCUACCCCCUUUACCUGGUGUUAAAUUUUCUUUUUGUAUCAAUGGAUCUGGGCCCAAGACACUACUCACACUGGAAGGGGAUUUCUAUAAUAAAUGUAUAAACUAAA